UCGUUUAACAGAAGUCAACAUCUGUACAGAAAAAAGGUAGACAAAGGUAUGGCUCAAACUCAUUACACAAACUAAAAGGAAAAUGGGAGAGUGAAAUAGGAACAUUCAAAGAGUAAUCAAAAAGAGUAAUCAACCCCACCAGUCCACCACUCUCUCUCUUCAAUGCAGCAACUUUAUUUGGAUUUUGGACAAUCUUAGAAGCAUACCCCCGAGUAAGCAUCUCGGUAUCUUGAGCUAAAAAUGGAGAAGAGCUGCGUUCUGGCUUUUCUCCUCUUCAUUCUCCAUUCAAGCACAACAAAAGCUGCCUUUAGUGUAAGUGGUGGUGUUGGUGUAGGUGUAGGGGUUGGUGUUGGUGUUGGUAUUGGCAAUGGAAAUGGUGGUGGUGGCAACAAUGGUGGGGUGGUUUGGGUUGGAGGAGGGAUUAACAACAACCCAGAACCCUCUGGAUCUUCAGUGCCAGGGCUUGAUGGAGCUUACACAGCACUGCAGGCUUGGAAAUCUGCAAUCACUGAGGACCCUCUUAAGAUUUUAGAUAGUUGGGUUGGUUCUAAUGUGUGCUCUUACAAAGGGGUCUUCUGCUCAAAUCCUCAAGAUGAAGUGGAUGCAUCUGCUGUCCCAGUUGUUGCAGGGAUAGAUCUUAACCAUGCAAAUCUGCAAGGAACUCUUGUCAAAGAGCUCUGUUUACUCAGUGAUUUGUCUCUUCUCCACCUCAACAGUAACAGGUUCACUGGCACUAUUCCUGAUACAUUCAGAGACCUUGUGUUUCUGGAAGAGUUAGACCUCAGCAACAACCAACUUUCAGGUCCUUUCCCAGCUGUUACAUUGUACAUGCCAGGCCUCAUCUACUUGGACCUCAGAUUCAACUCCUUCUCUGGGUCCCUUCCUCAAGAACUUUUCAGUAAGAAUCUGGAUGCAAUAUUCCUUAAUAACAAUCAAUUUGAAGGUGAAAUUCCUCAGAAUUUGGGUAGUUCCCCAGCCUCAGUGAUAAACUUAGCCAACAACAAGUUGAGUGGAAACAUCCCAGCAAGUUUUGGCUUCAUGGGUUCUAAAAUAAAGGAGAUUCUGUUCCUCAAUAACCAGUUAACUGGUUGCAUUCCUGAAGGAGUAGGACUCUUCACAGAGAUACAGGUUCUGGAUGUGAGCUUCAAUUCACUCAUGGGUCAUUUGCCAGACACACUCUCUUGUCUGCAAGAUAUAGAAGUUCUCAAUUUGGCUCAUAACAAGCUUUCUGGGGAGUUAUCAGAUGUAAUCUGCUCUUUGAGAAGCCUUGCAAAUCUAACUGUUGCUUACAAUUUCCUUUCUGGAUUCAGCCAGCAAUGCUCAAGGCUUUUCUUUAGGAAUGUGGGUUUUGAUUUCUCACUUAACUGCAUUCCUGGGAGGGUCAUGCAGAGACCUCAACCUGAGUGUUCUGUGAUUCCAGGUGGUAGCCUAAGUUGUCUCAGAAUCCCCACACCAAAGCCUCUUGUUUGUGGCUCACUGGCUGUAAGUAAGUCUAAGCACAUUGAUCCCAUUCCACCUUCUCCUUAA